CAGCAUGUUCUUCUCUCUUGUUCUUCGUAUCCUCUAGCUCCCAUGGCUCGCCUUCCUAUUCUCGUCGGACGCCAGACAUCGAGUGAUAGUCCGUCCACCAGCGCAGGUACUUCGCUGGCUGGAUCCGCCACGGGUGUCUCCUCGACCGGCGCUGUAACUUCUGCUACAAACUCUAUUGCUACUUCUGCUUCCACGGCUACCGUUACGACCACAAGCACGCCUUCAACAACGUCGGAUACGUCUCGCACGGACACUACAUCUGCCGCUAAUAGCUCCCAGUCUAUGUCCUCGUCUGCUCCGGCGACCGAGUCCACUCAAUCGUCGAUUCCCGCGUCUUCUGCUACUCAACAGUCCUCGAGGCAGGAACCUUCCUCCGUCGCAUCAACCUCGGCCGGACAAUCGUCCACCGAGGCCUCGUCCGCUGCUUCCGCUACAUCCGCAGCUGUUAGUACGUCAGCAGCCAUGUCGUCUACCGCCGGCGCGACAUCCGCAAGUACACAAAAUAAUGAAGUUACAUCUUCUACUCCGCCGGCCUCUUCAUCGACGACCUCGCAGGAGACGUCAUCGAGCCAGUCCUCAACCGAAUCGACUACUACUCAUACCACCGAAUCGUCCACCGAGUCGUCGACGGCAUCGUCUACUCAGCAGUCGACCUCGACGUCACCCACUUCGUCGUCCUCUUCCGACACUCCAUCCUCUACUCCGACUUCGUCGAGUGUGACUUCAUCCUCUCAGCCUCCGCCUUCUUCACAUUCGUCCUCGCCCUCGUCCUCGUCCUCUUCUUCGGCGUCGCCAUCGAAUGCCGAUUUCAUCACGAGUUCGCAUACUUCAAGCUUCUCGACACCCUCCCAGCAGUCCACCACCUCCACAACCCCCACCGCUAUAGUAACGACCACAACCACCACGACGUCGUCUACAACUUCCACGACGCCGACGCCGACGUCCUCCAGUACGAGUUGGACUGGUGGUGGUGGUGGGCCGACGUCGCAGGGCUCGUCAACUAGCAGCCAGGAGGUGACAGCGACCACAACCUUCCAGAGUACCGUCUACGUCACAACCACAAACAGUCAGGGUCAGACGGUCACCUCUGCCCCUUCAUAUAUCACGGAGACGUCCAUGGUCACUGGGAGCAACGGAGCGGCCAGUUACGUGACGAUCGUUGUAGCAAAUCCUACGCCAAUAAGCGUCAACAACGAUGCCACUGCGACGUCUCAAUUCUUCCGUAACAAGGGUGCGGUCGCCGGAGUCUUCCUGAUCGUCGGCCUCGCUGCAGCCACGAUUCUGCUCUUCAUAUUCUUCUGCCGAGAGUUUGGAAGCUCAUUGCGUUUUAAGAUACGGAACCUGCCGGAUGGCGAGGACGCUGGCGGGGACAUCUCCAGGGAGCCCUCCCGGCGGGAAUGAACGUAACGAUUUGCAUCUUCUGUAGGCAAGCCAUGAUGUUAUUAUUUCUGGACUGUAUCUUGUGUAUUUUCUUGUGGUUAUUGCAGUGCUUCUUGCUUGCUUGCUUUCAGUUAACCCUCUCGUACAUUGACGACAUAACGUUCAUUGGGCGCAACUACACGUAUUAUACGUUACCAUCCAUUUAUCACGCUUGCACAAAUCACGGACAUUAGAUUGCCUCGUUGCUACUCACAGGACGUUUUGACUGUUGUUUGUAGUCUACCUAAGCCUAACUACAAGAGGAGCCGUUUGAGUGUGGUGAUCAAGAAACGUCUCCCGGGGAAGUCACCGUAGCAUCUGUUUGGUAUAAACGCUAUUAAUUUAAUGUACUAUGCAUGACUUAUCAAUAUUCGUGAGGCUAG